AUGUCCGACCACCAAACCCCGCGCGUGAACGCCAGUUACGUAUCAAACUUCACCGGUCAAAACGUCCGUAUCGCCGGAAAGGUCCUCCAAAUCCACGGCAACUCUGCUACAAUCGAUGCACAGGGAACAGUAGCUAUCCAACUGGACGCCGGCACACACAUCAAAACAGUCGGAAACGUCGUCGAAGUCAUCGGUAAAGUAAAUGGCGACCAAUCCAUAAAAGAAUUAUUUUCUUCGGACUUCGGUCCUAAUGUCGAACUAAGUGCAAUCGAAGCCGUCGUUCAAGCUACCCACACAUAUCGAGAGCUAUUCUAUGAUGCAAAACAAUAA